AUGGAUGAAAGGGUGUUGGAAGCAAUAUGUGAUCAUCUUAAAUUGGUUAAGUAUAGCGAGGACAACUAUAUUGUUCAAGAGGGAGAACCACUUGAAAAGAUGCUCUUCAUCACGCAAGGCACCGCAUGGUCCUACACAAGCAGUGCAAGUGGUACAUCAGCGAUCAAGUGUCUUGUGAAAGGUGAUUUCUAUGGAGACGAGCUUCUAAAUUGGGCAUCAAGAUUGACCCCCUUCUCUGCAUUUCCCAACUCAACCAAAAUUGUCAAGGCCCAUACUAACGUUGAAGCACUUGUUAUCAAGGCCGAUAACUUGAACACUGUUGUCUCCAGAUUUUGGUGGCAUUUUAGCAACAGGCUCGGUCAUAUGAAUGAGUCUCAGCUGGAGAGGUGUCAGCAUCUGGCAGCUUCUAGCAUACAAGCAAAAUGGCGUUAUCAUCUUGCAAAGGCUGUCUAG